UUGGAAAGUACAUCAUUUUUAGGCUCCCCCUACAGUAGGAUUCGUAAUGGCUAAAUGCGGGAUUAAACCGGAAGUGGACAUCGGAGCGCCAAUUUUAUUCGUUGAUAACAUCCUCCAUUCCACGAAGCUUGUGAAUGACAUUCGAAGACAACGGGAAAUUGCUAAAGAAAACAAACAAUUACUGAAACGCAUCAACAAAAUAAACCGAACAGAAGGUUUCCUUGGACUUCAUUAUGACUACAAACCGCCAAAACCGUUGAAUCUCGAGUCACGUAAGGCGGCAUCUCGGAAAGUGCAGCACGAAAACUUGGAGAUGCUCGGAAGGAUACUGGACGUGCACCCAGAAAUAAAUGCGGCUGAACAAGAGAAGUUCUAUCAAACUAUGAUUCAAUAUAGAAAUAUUUGCACUAAAUUUUUGGAGAAACACCAAACUAAGCAAUCAGAAUCAAGAUCUUCGGGCUGCCCAUGCAUCAUCAUGGAAUUCUUCGAGAGAAAAGAUCGAAAACUGGGCCAAAUCAGGAUUGUCACCACGCAGAGCGCAAUCAUCGAUCAGCUGCGACGCAAUCGAAUCAACUGCAUCAACGGAAGCAUCUAUCGAGUCUACCAGGGUCAAUAUAUUGUCAUUCGGGGACACUUUGAUGUGCCGGAUUCGGAACAGGUGCUUCGGAAACAGCUACUGAAGCAUGUCCCCAGAGGAUCGUUACUGCGAGCGGCCAUCAACGAUCAACCGGCCUUUAUGAUAACGCUGAAGAAAUUCGAUCGUUUGGCCAACUGUGAAGUGCUGGGAACUGUCGAUGACGCAAGCAUGAAAGUUUUGGAUCUGAUCAAUUACUAUGGAACGGUCUAUGGCAGGACGGUGGAACCGUUGAACUUUAGAUGCAAGCUUCAGGGGUAGAAGUUGAUGCGGAAGAAAUGUCUUGUUGAUAUCGUAGAAAACAAACGACAUCCAGAUUUUAUCGAGCUCGCAAGAAGUUCGGAUUUUAUGACUACAGACUCAAAUUCACAGAUUGAAUAUUCUGAAAUGGAUAUCUAACUACUAAUUCAAAUAUUAUUGGUUUUCUAGAAAAAGUUUCCCGUUUCUCGGAGCACAGCAUGAACUUUUUCGGAGCGUAGAAUGAAUAUUUCCGUUGAAAC